GUAGCCUCCGCCUCGGCAGUCCACCGCAACGCGGGAUUGGUUAACUAAAGACUGGAGUAGUUCGGCAUACGAUUUUCUUCAGUAUUUUUGGUAAUAACCAUCUCGGCGGCCCUACCCUAUCCUGGACCUUAUAAGUUAAUCUGGCAGAGAUCGUGUGAAGAUGUCAUUUGCAAGCUUAGAUCCUGGACCCGGCGCGUCUGCGCUUCAGGCUUGGGGCGGACAGGUCGCUGCUUAUGGUUCAUCUAACCAGACAGUUGUUGACAAAGUGCCACCAGAACUACUGCAUUUGGUUGACCCACACUGGUAUCAGUUUCCUCCAAUGAACCCAUUAUGGCACGGACUCUUGGGCUUUACUAUUGGCGUCCUUGGUUUUGUCUCAAUUACAGGCAACGGAAUGGUCAUCUAUAUCUUCACAUCCACAAAGAGUCUGAAGACACCCUCAAAUUUGCUAGUAGUUAACUUGGCUUUUUCUGAUUUCCUGAUGAUGUGCGCAAUGUCUCCAGCUAUGGUUAUAAAUUGUUACUACGAAACAUGGGUGUUUGGUGCUCUAGCUUGUGAGCUAUACGCUUGUGCUGGUUCAUUAUUUGGAUGCGCUUCUAUUUGGACAAUGACCAUGAUCGCUUUCGACCGAUACAAUGUGAUUGUGAAGGGUAUUGCCGCCAAGCCUAUGACCAACAACGGUGCUCUUCUGCGCAUUUUAGGAAUCUGGCUCUUUUCUCUGGCAUGGACUCUCGCUCCAUUCUUCGGAUGGAACAGAUAUGUUCCUGAGGGCAACAUGACAGCCUGCGGUACUGAUUAUUUGAGCAAAGACUGGUUCAACCGCAGCUACAUCCUUAUCUACUCAGUAUUUUGCUACUUUAUGCCCCUUCUGCUCAUUAUCUAUUCUUAUUUCUUCAUUGUGCAGGCUGUAGCUGCUCACGAGAAAGCCAUGAGAGAACAGGCCAAAAAAAUGAAUGUUGCUUCACUGAGGUCUUCUGAAGCGGCGAAUACAAGCGCAGAAUGUAAAUUAGCCAAGGUGGCGUUAAUGACCAUUUCUUUAUGGUUUAUGGCCUGGACUCCAUAUUUGGUCAUCAACUACACUGGCGUUUUCGAAAGCGCACCGAUCAGUCCAUUGGCUACCAUUUGGGGCUCGCUUUUCGCCAAGGCUAACGCUGUAUACAAUCCUAUUGUAUAUGGCAUCAGCCACCCCAAAUAUCGCGCGGAGCUGUACAAGAAGUUCCCAUCGCUGUCGUGCCAAGCGUCGCCCGAAGAAACAGGUUCGGUGGCGUCGGGCACCACCGCCGUCUCGGAGGAGAAGCCCGCUGCAUAAACAUGAGUGCCUUUACUCUGUUACGCUCGACAGAAUCGAAAACGGCCUAGCUAAUCGGACACAUGAAUCUGCCAAAGCGAUUAUUUAUUUUUAUACGCAAACAUUUACAUUUGUACGAUUUUUAAACUCGAACACAGAGCGUGUGCUGGUUGCAAAAUAUUCAGGCGGUAGAAGAUUUUUUUUUAAAAAUUAAUACCUGCGUAUUUUGAGUUCACGUUUUGUGUAUCGAGUUGAACGGUGCACACUUUUCUUAUACCUGACACGCUUGAUGGGUCGGCGACAUAUAAAAAUACAUAAAAAAAUAUAUAUUUAUACUUUACCGCAAUAUGUCGCUAGACCACACCCCAUCCAUGAGACUGCUCCUAUAGAUGUAGGUAAUUCGACGGAUUCUUACGACAAACGAAUGCUUUGUAUCUCGGACCAAUAAAAAUA